AUGGCAACUGAACGCUCACUUGCCCGUCUCCUGCGGUCACUGCAGGCGACUUCCAGCUUUGAAGAUGCGGCUGGUCUCCUUCCAACCGCAACGAGCUUCUUAUCUAUUCUUGGAAAUCCGUUAAACUUGACGCUUCUUGCAUCGCAACUCCUCUCCGCGCCUGCUCUCUGGAGCCACCCAGUCGAUUUACACGCGUGUCGCAAACUCCUGAGCGUCUUUAAUACCGCGGCCAUCGCGGUCCUGCAGAACGAUGCCACCGAAGAGCCCCGCAUGCCUCAUGGGCGGAAUCGGAGCAUCGAACGUGAAGCGUGGGUCAAGGCGGUGGUGCAAGGAGCGGACGACAAGUCUCCCCGCUGGCGACACAUGAUCUUGCUUGGCGGUAUACUCCUGGGAUUCGAGGGACAGAAUCGACAGGGUCUCCCGUGGCAUAUUCGAACAAAACUUGAGUCAGCACUAGCAACAGCAGCCCAAUUGGCGCUGGAGGAGUUGGAUCCUGCAGCGGGAAUGGAUGGCCAUUGCAUCACCAUGGUCCUGAACUACACGUUUGAGCUCUUAUCGGAUCUGCAACGAACUAAAAUCGAUUACGAUCGCUUUUUACCUGUGAUGGUGAGGUCCGCUUUCUUAUCUCCAGAGGGGCUCGAAGGUGGAUUCUUUUUGGGAGCAAUUGAUGAGGACGUGGUUGAAGCUCCUGGCAAGAAAUUCCGGUGGAAAGCCGAUUCCAGGACAUUUGGUUAUUUUUCGACCAUUUCAUCUCGCCCGUUAGUGUCAGCAUUGGGACCCUUAUCCCGGCUGAUUUCGCAUGCUGUUGAGAAUGCUCAGAACCCGCAACUGGUUGCGCAGACGGUCGAUUACAUGGCCGAUUUUGUUCGGACCUUGAUGGUGCAGUGGCGUCAAAAUAAAUUAUCUGAAAUUGACGUCGCGGAGGAGAAAGACUUCUUGGAUGCCGAGUCAUUACAAACUACUAUUCCGGCGCUCUGGAAGGUUCUUCGAAAUUGCUUGUACUCGGUGGUCAUUGUUCUCCGCGCCGUUCUAGGGAGAACAAUCAAUGACCCCGCUCUCGCAGCCCACAGCAGCGCCCCGUACCUUUCUAUGCAAUCCCUUCAUAUUCUUCGCAAUCUCUACUUCAUCUCCUCUCGCACCGGUCAAAAUGGAUCGUCACAGCAAAGUUUCGUCUUUUUGGCCGCCAUAGAUAUCCUUUCUCAAUACCCUGACUUGGCCGAGAAUUUUCUACGCAGUAUCAAACCAGCUGAUCUUGGCCAAAUUCCUGAUCACCCAGUGGAGCGAUGCUUGGAUCUUUUCUUCUUGAAUACUGCCGAGCACUUUCCUAUGGUCUUGUCACCCCAGGCUAACGAGGAUCUGCUCUUAUCUGCUGCAUUCCCAUACCUCGCAGCUGGUGCCAACAGUCUUCUCCUGGAAAUUUUUGAAGCAGCUCACAGUGUGGUGCUCGUGGUAUUCGCUAUCGCCCACAAUUCGGAGCUGGCUGCCAAACACCUUCCCUUCUAUAUUGACAACUUAUUUGCGGUGUUCCCGGAAAAUUUGUCCGCUCGGCAGUUCCGUCUUGCAUUCAAGACGGUCAUUCAAGUCACAGCACCCCCUUCACCUUUGGCGAACAGCCAACCAAUGCUCCCCUCGAUUCUACUUGAAGUGGUGCGAGAUCGCGCACUGAAUGCCCCCACAACUCCUAUCACCCCAACGGCGGGGAAUAGCUCAUCCUCUGAUAUGGACACUAGUCUCCCUCUUUCUGCACAGGCCGUGCUCACCCUGGCACUGAUCGACUCGUUAUCUUUCCUCCGAAUAGAGGACCUGGAGGAUUGGCUGCCCCUCACUGCAGAGCUGAUCAAUACCAUUGCAGACCGGACUAUGCGCCAUGCCUGUGUCGAUCGCUUCUGGGAAGCAUUAAGCGUCGGUGAGAUGGAUGUUGACCGAGCUCACUGCUGUGUCAAUUGGUGGAGCACUCAAGGUGGUCGUGAACUGGUUCUGUUUGGUGCCGAGCGUCCCCCUGGUUCUGAAUCCAAGGCCGAGGAAAUUGGACCAUUUAUGAGUGGUGCUGUUGGCGGCGUGGCACCGGAGAGUAAGCUAUGA